AUGGAGGAAGUCGAAACAUCCAUCUGGGAUACCAUGCCCAACGACAUCGCUAGCGAGCUCGCGGCCAGCAAGAACCGCACCGAAGCCGGACAAGCCAUUCGCGAAAGCCUUAGGGACCAGACCGGCCAAGCUGAGCCGCUCUACGCGCUUCGUGACGCUGAAAUACGAGACACGCAUUGGCAGGUCAUGGAUCGGAUUCAGCGCUUCGCGAUAAAAUACUUUGGCUUUGAUUUUCCGCAGACGGAGGAGAAUGAGCCGAAAUUGAACACGGCGUUCGCUCAAAUGCGGGAGGAGACGGUCACGCUGAUUGGGUGUGUGGCUUCCGGAGGACCUGAGGGUAGUCAAGGGUGGAAGGAUUUAUUCUAUGACAGUGUGAAGAGGAAAGCGCUAGUCUGCGCGAUUAUCGGGAAUAUCGUCACGGAACAGGUGAUCCAGCAUUCCUUCUUUGGGGGCAGUAAGACAGAUGAGGAUGCGUUGGACGGAAUCAUGAGGGACAAUACUAGGUUGGAUGGUGAGCAACGCCGCUUCGAUCGCAACGCCCUCUACGCCGAGUACAUCGCGCAGGCUCUCGAUUUCACUCCGGGCGAAUCUCUAACCCUCCCCACCCACUUCCACCAGCACGUCGUCGCCGUUGUCGCCACCCUCCUCGUCCACCUCACUGCCGUGGACGCACGCAAUGUCCGCACGGCAGAACACCGCGUGUCCGAGCAAAUCCGCGACCUCUACAAACUCGUCGCCUACGCCGGCAUCCUAUCUCUCUUCAUGCGUCUAGAUCCACAGGCUGUGUACUACGUGACUCCCACCUUCAAAGAGCAGCACUUUGAAGCCGAACACAUGGACGCCUACAACCGAGCCGUCAUGGAAGCCACGAACCCCCGCGAACGUAUGUUCCCGGACGACUGGGACCAGCGGGAAAUCGCUCGUGCCAAGAACGACGAGCCGCUCACGCAGAUGAUCCUCAUGAACGGCAUCACGGUCUAUCGACGCGGUGGCUGGGAGGAUCCCGACAUCAGCGAGCCGUGGGAUGAGGGUGUCGUGUAUCAGCCCGGGAUGGAGCAUCGGGGCAUCAGGAGCAGGCAACUGACGCAGGCGUGGGUGUUUUGUAGAUGGGGACGGCCUAGGCGGUUUGUCAAGGGGCAGCCGGCGGAUCGGAAGGAGGUGCAUGGGGCGCAGUGGCGGGAUCCGGGGUCUGUCGAGUUUGAGGAUGUGGUUGCGGAGGCGAAGGGAGGGGAACGGGGUGAGGAGGGCGAGACGCUGAGGGGGAGGAGGAAGGAGAAGGAGAGGGUCGGGGAGGGGAGAAGGGAGAAGGGGAAAGGGAAGGCGAGGGCAUAA